GUAAAAUAGAAUCAAAUCAAAUGAAUGCAGCUAAAUCUUUAAAGUUAGUUGACUUGUUUUGCCGCUCUAAACAAAUGAGUAACUUAAAUCUACAUUAAUGGGGUAUUAAUUUCGUGUAAACUUCUUAAAAGUGUUGUGCCAAAAUGGAUGAAAUAUUGCAAGAAUCAGAGUGUACUCAAACUCAAACACAGAAAUCGCAAGUAGAUUGGAGCCAGCCGAAUACUCCAUCUUUUAUACCAGUAAUUUGGGGCCGGCUUUAUUCCACAAAAGUAUCCUUGAAUGAAAAAAACUGUUGGAAGGACACUUGUAAAGAUAAUCCUCCGUACUACGAUUUAAUACAGCCAGAAUUUUCGCUCGGACGAUCUUUUACCUGCACGUUUGUUAUGAGGAAAGAAAUCAUUAAUGAAAGUAUAGUCAAAAGUGUUAGUAAACAACAUUUUAUCAUUAAAAGAAACUUAUCGGAGCCAUUAAGUCCAGCUAUAAUAACAGAUUUGUCAUUUAACGGUACCUUUAUCAAUGGCAAAUCAAUUGGCAAAGGAUUAAGCAGAGUGCUAGAUGACAAUGACAGAAUAUCACUUACUCAUCCUAACGCUAAAAUAUUCAUUUAUAAAGACUUACUGAAGAAUGAACAAGACAAAGUUCCUAAGGAAAUAUCAAAGAAGUAUUACAUAUCUAGAGUAUUAGGACAAGGGGCUUGUGGUCUGGUUAAAUUAGUGUAUGACAAAACGAAAUGCACAAAACAUGCAAUGAAGAUAAUUAAGAAAUGCAGACUGACUAAUGGAGAAAUGAACAAUUUGACGGAUCCACAGAGAAUUAUGAACGAAGUUAAUAUUAUGAAGGCAUUGAGACAUCCUUGUAUUGUAUCAACGGAAGAAGUCUUCGACACAGGCGAUACUGUAUACAUUAUCUUAGAACUGAUGCAGGGUGGAGAAUUAUUUGACCGAAUCUCUAAAUGUGGACAGCUAUCAGAGGAACUAACAAAGUUUUAUUUCCGACAAAUGGUGGUCGCUGUUAAAUAUCUACACUCUCAAGGCAUCACUCACAGAGACCUUAAGCCUGAGAAUGUGCUAUUAGAGAGUAAAGAUGAAGAAACACUGGUGAAAAUAACUGACUUUGGACUCAGCAAAUUUGUAGGUGAAGAUAGCUUUAUGAAGACAAUGUGUGGAACACCAUUAUAUUUAGCACCGGAAGUGUUGCGAGCGAACGGACAGAACUGCUAUGGACCUGAAGUGGAUGUAUGGAGCUUGGGAGUGAUAUUUUUUGUUUGUCUUGUUGGUUAUUUACCAUUCUCAACUGAUUACAAAGAGUUGUCUUUGAGGGAUCAGAUAUUGCGAGGCCAGUAUAGAUAUUCAAACAAGCAUUGGAGCAAAAUUAGUUUGCCGGCCAAACUGCUCAUGAAGAGAAUGCUUACAGUUAAUGUCAAAAACAGAAUCUCUCUCGACCAAAUACUUAACCACACCUGGAUGCAGGAUCCUGUUACUUUAAUGAAAAUAGAAAGGCUCUUAGUCCAAGCUGCUCAAGUGAGAGAUUUCAAUCAGUUGACAAUAUCACAAAAUUCUGACGAAGAAAACAAUAAUUCUGACAAAGUGACUAUUCUGAAGGUAGCAGUAGCGGGGAAACGAGGCUUGAGUGACAAUUGUACACCGUGUGAGCCAAUCGCAAAGAGGUUAAGAGUUGAACCGUUGAGGAUUCAAGAUGACACGAGCACAACCAACAGUUGUUCUUCAUCGGAAUAAAACUGACAGUAGUACCUGAUUAUUCAAAUAUUGAUUUUAUAAACUACCUUAUCCCACCAUUUCAAGUGAUUUUUAACUAGUGUUAUGUGUUUUUAGUGUGCUUAUUAGUAUGUGCUGGAUGUGACACGGAGAGGAUAAGCAGAAGUGUCUAUUUUUAAUGACAUUUAAUAACUGUAAAUGUUACCACCGACAAUCUUAUUAUUAAAUGUUAUGUUUAAUUAGAUUUUUAAGAAAUUUUAAUGACUUUGUUUAAGAAACUUGUGCCAAGUUUUUUUAUGUUGAUUAAUGGAUAUUGUUUUAUAUGGGUGUUUCCUGUUGGGCCGAUGGCCCAAAUGAUCCUUCGUCCCAACGGGAAACACACUUUUAUAUGAUUGUUGAUUAAAUGUGAAUGAUGGUCAUUAUGCAGACUAUAAUAAAAAUAUAUUUUUAGUGAUGUUGAAUUUAUAACCUUUUCAGAUAAUAGUAACUUGACUUGAAGAUAUGUGACUUUUUCCAGAUAAUAGUAACUUGCUAUAAACUAUUGACCGUUCCAAGUGUAAAUAUAUAAGUAAACUUACAGCUUCUUAUAUUAGUGUUUCUAUGUGAUAAAAUAAAUAAAACCAUGUAAUUGUGUUAAAAUUCAAUCAAAACUGUUAUCAGGGAUUUUGUCAGAUAUGUGACUGUAAAUAAGAAAUAUAGCAUUGUAUGCUAUGUACCUUGUUACUUUGUGAUACUUAAUGUAAUUGAACAUUACUUUGAGAUUUUGUAUAAACAUUUUUUGGAUCAAAGCAAGUAAAUAUUGCAUUAUAACAAUCACAUAAAACAACAAUUCCAAAAAUUUAAAACAAUAACCAAAAUGCUAUUCGAUAACAUGAAAUGAUAAAUUUUUAACACUUCCAAUUUUAAUUUGGAUGUUAGUAGGAAAGCAAAAUUGGAUACAUAUUUGUUAAAAGUACUUAAUAGUUUAUUAUAAAGUCUCAUAAUAAUUUUGACUAUAGAUAAACUAAAUUAUAGCUGGAGCUGUAUUUAGUUUGUGAUGUGACAUAAUGUUCUGUGCACGCAGUACUCAGCAUCAUGUGUUUGUUUUGUACAAUUUGAUAGGAAUAAACAUGCUUGUCAAAGCAAUAAAACAACUAU